CAAGCCUUAAAACACUGCCCUAACCCAAUGAGUACAGUUUACUCGAGAAAAACAAGUAUUCAUCCUUCGUAAAGAAAGAACUUCAAAAUUAUUCAAGACUAGCAAAUGGAAUGCCAGGGAGAAGAUGAAGAAAUUGUUUGCCUGGAUGAAUCUUUCUUCAUCAACGACAACUACCAAUUGACGAGGUUUACAUUUGGUUCGCACGUUCUUGAACUUUAUUGUCUCCAGUCUGCAUCAAUGCAAUUUUUCAUACCUACAUUGCUUGAAACUUAUGCCAAUGCUGAUUUUGAUUUGACGGGGCAGUUGGUAUGGCCUGGAGCUGAGCUUUUGAAUGAUUUUCUUUCUAAAAAUGCCGAUAUGCUUCGUGGCUGUUCAGUUAUCGAGCUUGGCUCCGGUGUUGGCAUAACUGGGAUACUGUGUAGCAGAUUUUGUGAGAAAGUAGUAAUGACAGACCAUAAUGAGGAGAUCCUAAAGAGGAAUAUAGAACUGCAUGAUACUUCGCAAAAUCUUGUUUGUUCUGCUGAAUUGAAAGCUGAGAAGCUAGAAUGGGGGAACUCUGAGCAACUUGACUACAUCUUGCAAAGGCAUCCAAAAGGAUUUGAUCUUGUUCUUGGAGCUGAUAUCUAUAUCCUAAUUUUACUGUUUAUAAUGGAUAAUAUGGUCAUAAAUGAAGCUACUCGGCUUGGAUUGCGGGUUAGUGAAGUUGCUGGAACUCGAGCUACUGUUCGAAAUCUUGAAGGAUGUAUUUAUGAGAUUACCUGUGGAUGAAAAACUGUUGGUGAGCAUACUCAAAUUUCUACAGUUGUUAAAACAAGGAUAAUUAUAAUCGAGAUCUAUCUUAGUGAGGCCGCUUAUCGGCCCUCAGUUAAUAGUCCUAAGCUAAUUACCAAAUCAGCUUGAGAUUCUCCAUAUUGUUGAAAUGUGUUGUUUCAAGACAUUCAUAAAUUUAUGUCGAAUUUUGC